GACUUAACCGCGGGCAACUCGAGGCAUGAGGUCAUGACGUGUGGUCGAUCCAAACCAAGAAUCCUGGUAGGACAAUACAUUAAAGGAAUGUAAGGAUACGGUUACCUCUACAAUAAAAUCUGCAUGCAUUCAUUUUAAAAUUACUGGCUUGGUUUUAAAUCAUUCAAUAAGGAAAAUGGAUGAGGAAAACACUCCCUUCUUAUAUGGAAAUACAUCUCCAUCCAAUAUGGCCCUACAUGGAAAAAAUGAAACCUUCAUUGAAACCAGUUCUGUUAUUACCUACCAUGACAUAUGCUAUACUGUCAAAGGAGUAAAGGUUGAAGGACAGAAAAUUGACAAGGAAAUAAUAAAAAAGAUGAGUGGUAUUAUGAAUCCAGGUGCUAAUGCUAUUCUUGGACCAACUGGCAGUGGCAAAACUACACUCUUAGACAUCCUGGCGGGUCGUAAAGACAAACGUAACCUCUCCGGGACUGUGCUUGUCAAUGGAAAGCUCCAACCAAACAAUUUCAAAUGUGCUACAGGCUAUGUUGUACAGGAUGACGUCAUCAUGGGAACACUGACUGUCCGUGAGAACUUGAGUUUCUCUGCAGCUCUUCGUCUCCCCAAAUCUCUUUCCAAACAAGAAAGAAAAGAAAGAGUUAAUGAGAUCCUGGUCGACCUGGGAAUUAUGGGCGUGGCUGAUCAGAAGGUUGGUACGGAGUUCAUACGAGGUGUAUCUGGAGGAGAAAGGAAACGAACAAGCAUUGGGAUGGAGCUUAUUACGUCACCAUCGGUGUUGUUUCUUGAUGAGCCUACUACAGGUCUUGAUGCUUCUACGGCGUGUUCUGUUAUGCAGUUACUGCACGCUCUAGGAGAGAGGGGUAAAACAGUGAUCUUCUCGAUUCAUCAACCUCGUUAUUCCAUUUAUAAGCUGUUCGACACGAUGACCAUGCUAUCUCAAGGUGAAAUAGUCUAUCAAGGACCAAGAGCUGAUGCUCUGCAGUAUUUUGAAAGCAUUGGUUAUGCUUGUGAAGAGCACAACAAUCCACCUGAUUUUUUCAUGGAUGUUAUCCACGAGAAAGAAUUACAUUAUCCUUCAAACCCAAUCAAUUCAUCUGAUGUAGAAGGCGCACAUGCUAUAAACCAAGGUUCACCCAGAGCGAAUAAGAACUAUGAUAUGGCAGAAUCCUACCGUAAAUCCAGGUACUUUACCCAUAUUCAGAGUGCUAUCCAACCAAUCUAUAGAGAGUUUAUAGAAACGUCCGUGGGGUUCAAGGAUGUUGAAGAAGUCAAGUAUGCAACGGGUUUUGUUACGCAGUUAUAUCAUGUCUCUGGUCGCGCAGUAAAAAACCUCCUACGGAAUCCACAGACAUCUAUUAUGCAGCUGAUUAUUACAGUUCUUUUUGGUACUAUUGUGGGUGCUAUCUACUACGACCAGAAGAAAGGACCAAAUGGACUCCAAAAUAGGGUUGGUUCGUUUUUCUUCAUAAUUAUGAACAUGGUGUUUGGUAACCUGUCGGCCGUAGAACUGUUUAUUAAAGAACGAAAGAUAUUCAUACAUGAAUCUGCUGGCGGCUACUACCGCGUAUCGGUAUACUUCCUGGCCAAGGUCCUUUGUGACAUUAUCCCAAUGAGGCUGUUUCCUACCGCGGCAUUCUCGGCUAUUGUCUAUUUCAUGAUAGGUUUUCAGAGAACUUUGCUAAAGUUCGUGGUUUUUGUGCUGACUCUGGUCUUAACGUCUCUCUGCGCAUGUGGAUUGUCAUUCUUUGUUAGUGCUUCAGUCUUGACGUUCGCCAACGCUAAUCUUCUCAUAGCACUUCCAUACGUGUUUAUGAUGGUGUUCAGCGGUGUUUUGGUGAAUCUAGGUUCCGUCGGCAAGUGGUUAUCUUGGGUCAAAUACCUGAGUAUUUUUAGAUAUGCCAUUGAGACUUUGGAAGCCAACGAGUUGGAAGGAAUGAUAUUUCACUGUUCUUUCAAUGUUUCUUG